GGGCUAUCAGGAAGGCCAAGGCUUUAUAAAGCCCGAGAGCCAGUGACCAGGGAGCUUUGCAAACAGAGGCAGCAAACAGGGAGUUUGGAGAGGGAGUUCUCCUGGUGAAGGAGGAGCAAAUACUGGACUCUUGAGGCCGGAGAGAGGAGCAAGUGUCCGGGUGCAGAACAAUGGCCUGUGCAGCUGACACGAUUGCGAUGCCGGCCCUGGGUCGCCCUUUCCAGCUGGGGAUGCUGUACGACUGCCGCAAGGACGCCCUCAUCCCAGGGAUCACGCUGUGGGGUCUGGAAGAGCUUCACGAGGACGUAAACACAAAACCACAACCCUGGACUAACUAUGAGAUCAUCGCUUCUGACACCAUUGCGGACAAGGCCAGCGCCCUCCAUGUCACGGCAUCGCUCAAGGCCAGCUUCCUGGGGGGCUUGGUUGAAGUAGGUGGAUCUGCCAAAUACUUAAAUGACACCAAAACAUCCAAACACCAGGCCCGAGUCACUCUCCAGUACUCGACCACAACAAGGUUUGAGCAGCUGACCAUGAGCCAUUUAGGAGCAGGGAAUGUCUCUUAUCCUGCUGUGUUUGACCAAGGAACGGCCACCCACGUGGUCACGGCUGUGCUGUACGGCGCCCAGGCUUUCUUCGUGUUCGAUCGAGAAGUUUCUUCUUCUGAAAGUGUACAAGAGAUCCAGGGAUCACUUCAGAUUGCAAUUAAAAAGAUACCCUUGUUUUCUGUGGAAGGGGAAGGGUCUCUCAAAAUGGAUGACACAGAAAAACUAAAUGCUAACAAAUUUAACUGCAAGUUCCAUGGUGAUUUUGCUCUUGAGAAAAAUCCAACUACUUUCCAAGAUGCCAUGACUAUUUAUUCCACCCUUCCAAAGAUGCUGGGUGAGAACGGGGAGAACGCCGUACCCAUGAGAGUCUGGUUGUACCCGCUGACCAAGCUGGAUUCCAGAGCUGCUCAGCUGGUGCGUGAGAUCAGCUUAGCGCUAAUUUCUGAGGCUCAGACUGCAAUGGAGGACCUGGCAGAACUGGACAUGCGAUGCAACGACAUGGGGAAGAAUCCAAUUGCCAGAACCUUUCCUGAAAUCCAGAGGAAAAUCCAACAGUUCCAAGAUCUGUGCAUGCAACACAGACAGACUUUUCAGAAAGAGCUGGCAGGACUCUUACCAUCCAUCCGUGGUGGGGGGAAAGAGGAAGGGGCCCUGGUGGACAUUCUGUCACACCAUAGCAUGUCACCAUUCAACACACAGAAACUCAGUAAAUUCCUGGACAAAAAGGAGCGAGAGAUGAAUUAUGUGGCAAACCUUAGUGCCCUAAGCAAGGCAGACGUGGUGCCCUCCCAGGCUGAACUAGAGAAAAUAGUGCUCAACCCUGGGCUUGACUUUGUUAUUUCUUUUAUAUUCACCUCCUUACAGGACGAGGAGCCAUAUUUAUCAGAUUUACAUCUCUGUCUACAGAUCCAGUCUACAGAGGACUCGGAGGAUCUUUCACCAGCCAGUUCUGACAGUGAGGAACCAAAAUCCAAACCCUGGUUUGAGGACAAGGAAAUAUAUGCAAAAGCUAGAAAAGCUGCCAAGAGCUUCUCUGACUUUGCCCGUGCCAAUGAAUCUAACGGGAAGACCCGGUUCAUUGUGGCCUCGGUUCCAGACGAGGAUAAUCCAGGCACUUCCAUUUACUUGUAUGAGGAUGGAGAGCUGCGCAGCACCAACUUCCAGCCUCCAUCAAAGCCUCUUCCUCUCCUGAUUGGUGGAGUCCAACAUGACCGUGUGCAGCUCACGCUGAAACCGGCAGCCUAUGGCAGGGCUGAGAUAUGCGGCUACCGGGCAGAGUACAGACUUGUCGGGCAGGAGAACUGGGUGGCUGUGAAUGUCAGUAACACACAAGAGACACUCACAGUAACAGGACUCCGUCCAAACACCCAGUACCAGUUCCGAUACGCGGCCGUGAGCAAACCAGGGCUCAGCGAGAGCAGCGACGUGAGCGACACAGUGAAGACGCUUCCAACCAGCCCCCCUGGGAAACCUGUAGCAACGACUAUGGAGUCAGUAUAA